CGUGGCCCAGUCAAUAGGGGGACAAUUCCCCAACAUCCCUCCGGCACCCUUUCCCCUUCCUGUACUUCGUCCCAUUUCUCAGCCAGUCCCAAGGUUCGUCCGUAUAUAAAACUUGACGUAAAUCAAACUAGGAAGCAAAUGAAUGAACAACAACGAUCGAUCCUUCUCCACUCCGCUUCUUGCUUCCCCCUACCACCAGGGGUGAAGCUGUCUUAUGGUACCGCGGGGUUCCGGGCCGAUGCGUCGCUGCUUGAGUCGACGGUGUUCCGAGUAGGGAUAUUGGCGGCAUUGAGGUCUGUACAGACUCGGUCAGUUGUUGGCCUCAUGAUCACGGCCUCCCAUAACCAGGCUUCGGAUAAUGGCGUUAAAGUGGCAGACCCCUCGGGCGGAAUGCUCUCGCAACACUGGGAACCCUUUGCUGACACCCUUUCCAAUGCAGGGGAUCCCAAUACCCUUCUCCAGUUGAUAGAUGAUUUUGCGAAGAAGGAAAAGAUCCCACUUGAAGGAGCCUCUGAGGGAGAGGUACUUUUGGGAAGGGACACUAGGCCCAGUGGUGAAUUUCUUGCUGAGGCUGCGAAACAAGGAAUAACUUCGAUUAUGGGAGUCAAUGCCACUGAUAUGGGAGUCAUGACAACCCCUCAACUGCAUUGGAUGGUUCGUUCUAGAAACAAAGGCAUGGAAGCAUCUGAAAACAAUUACUAUGACCAGCUUUCAACUUCUUUCAGGUGCUUGAUGGAAUAUAUUCCCAAAGGAAACAGAAAUUUCAAUGUGAAUGACAAAGUAAUUGUUGAUGGAGCAGAUGGUGUGGGUGGAGAAAAGCUAGAAAUUUUGAAGAAAUUGUUGAGUGAUUUGAGCAUCGAUGUUCGUAAUCGUGGUGAUGGUGUACUCAAUGAGGGUGUUGGUGCCGACUUUGUGCAAAAGGAAAAGAUUAUUCCACGCGGUUUUGGCCCUGCUGAUGUUGGGUUUAGGUGUGCUAGUUUGGAUGGAGAUGCUGAUCGACUUGUAUAUUUUUCUAUUGAAUUAAAUAGCAACAAGAUGGAAUACCAUCUAAAUGAGAAGUUGAGAUCGAUGUCAUCAUCGACGAUAUCGAUACCUUCAACAACUAUCCAUAGGGUUGGAGGUGUUUUAAGGACAUCUUACAUGUCUUCACCCAGAUCACACUCGAAACCCAAGAGAUCUGAGCAUAUGAGACUAUCCUCAUGGGGUACCGUUUUGCAAGGUGACGGGAAAUAUGCUGCCUCCGGAUGCAUCAUUGACGAGCAUUCCAAACGGACGGAUGUCCAUCUGCUUGAAGUUUUAACUGAUUUGAUGCCAUCAAUGGAAAAGGAGGGUCAAGGUCUUGUAUAUGAAUUAGCCCUUCCGCAUACUCAAGAUGGCCAUUUGUCCGAUCAUAUUUGUGUAAGAGCGCGGUUUCAGUUGAUCGACGAUCACCUCUAUCGAGGGCAUCUGCUUCUCUCCCAUCCAGACACAUCUCCCGUGGAUCAGAAGCACAUAGCCAGAGUCAUUAUUUCGAUAAACUGUAUGCCUGCCUGGGUUAACGAUUUAUCCUACGAUGUUGGAGUCCUAUGUGGCCACUUAAUAGACCUUCAGGAUGAGGUCACAGUACUCUGA